AGCUGAGUAGGAGCUCGGGAGCCGAGCGGGGCGGAGCGGACGGAGCGGAGCGGACGGAGCGGAGCGGGAGCCUCCCCUGGUCUCUGGCGGGAAAACGCUGAGGAGAUUUUAAGUAUUGUGAGUCUGAGGAUGGGGAGUCAAGACCACUCAGCCCCACGCUCCUGCGGCACUGUAGCCGGAAAACUGUCGAAAUCUGUGGAUAAAUCCAUAGGAUACGAAAAGAUGGCAUCUAAAGCAAAUACCAGUUACACUUUGAUACCCAACCAGAAAUGUAAACGUACUAACCAUCAAUCCAGCUAUUUUUGCAACACCCUUGAUUCAGAUCCUCAACUCUUAUCUACACUUGGAGACUUUAAAAUGUUACCAUUGGAAAUAUUCCACAUAAUUUUAAGAUAUUUGUCAGUGAAGGAUAUUGGCAUGUUAAGCAUGGUGUCCAAAACAGUCAGCCAGCACAUAAUUAAUUAUAUUUCAACAUCCUGUGGAAGUAGAAGACUUUUAAUACAGAACUUUCAUGACCUUGAUCUGUCUGGCACGAAAGAAGAGAGUUGCCUACUGGAGCACUACAGAGCUCUAGGUCUACUAUUUAAAAGAUGCACCUUGCUGCUUCCCACCAAGGACAGACUAAAGUACAUUCACAAGAUCCUCUCAGAAGUUUCCUGUUUUAAAUUCAGUGGCUGUUCGGCUCCUUUGCAAUGCUUAGGAUUACCAUGUUACGGCAUGUUUUUACAGACCUUAACAGCAGGUUGGGAUGAACUGGAGUGCCAUCGUGUUUAUAACUUCUUAUGUGAGCUGACUAAUCUCUCCCGUAAGAUGCAGACUGUUGUCUGUAACAAACCAGGAAGUGCUCGGAAACUAGAGUUAAGGAUUAGACUGUUCUGUAGGAAUGUCCUACUUGAUCACUGGACACAACGAAGUGAUUCUGCAUUUUGGUUGACUAGAAUAUUAAAACCAUGGCCAAUGGUAAAUCAGGCAAGAUUGCUUUAUAUUAUCUUUGGACCAAUAUCUCCUCAAGAUGGGCAGGUGAUUUGGCAAGAAAUGGUGGAGGGACCCACAGAUGAAUCCAGUCUGAAAGGUUUGGCUAAUGCCAUUAAGUUACUGUAUGACACAGGUACCAAAGAGUGGACAGCAGAUGAUGUUAUCAGUCUUGUAGAUGAACUAUCAGUGGUUCCCCGGGAGUGGCUUCUGGAGAAUAAUGCACGCCUCCUAAUCCUGAGUGGGAACAACAUCUGCUUCACUUUCAUGGCUAGUAAAGCUGUGAAUGGACGGGCCAUUGAGUUAGCAAGGCUCAUAGUCUUUUUGGCUUUGGUGUGUGAGAAAGAGCUGUACUGCAUGGACUGGACAGUUAGAAUGAUGCAAAAAGUCUGCAAGGUCUUCAGCGCUGCAGCAGAGAGAAAGGGCUUCCUGCAGAGCGUGGCAAAUGCCUUUGCCUGUGUCACCAUGGAAAUGCUGCAGCCUAUUAUGUCUGGAGAGCGAGAUGAUGAUGACAGAGGCUUCCUGAAUUUGUUCCAUCUUCUUCAUGCUCAGGCGAACUUCCAUAAGGAGGUGCUAUAUUUGACCAUGAAUGCCUCCUCUUCCUAAAUCAAGAAGCUUGUCACUUAAAGAAUGUGUCACCAGACUAGCGCUUAGGAGAGUGACGCUUUUUCACGUCCAAGGGUAGCACCUGUUGGACUUUUGAUAAUCUAAUUAUCCAGGAACUCCAGCUGCACAGGAUUUUAGCUGUAACUGCUUCACCUUGAUUAAUGUAAAAUAACCUGCAACCCCAAGAAUGUGUUCCUGCUUUUCUGGGAAACAGUUCUAUCUCUCCAGGUCUUAGUAAACUCAACAUCAAACCAAAACAGAAUGUUAACUGUGCAAGUAUCUGCAGCCAACUCAACCUAUUCGUGUGGUUCUUUGAAGCAAGAGCUAAUUUAGCUUUACCUAGAACAGAUUCACUUUUGUGAACUAGUGCUAUCUGUUCACUUCGCUUGGGCUGAGCAAAUAUGGCCCAAAUGUUUUUGUAAUACUGUGUUUUAGAAUGUGCAUUAUGUAAGUCACAUUCUUUACCUCCUUCUUAGCAUUUGGUUACAAAAUAAGUCUUAUAUUUCAUUUAUAUUUUGGAUGAACUAACAGAAAAAAAUCCAAAAUAAGUAUGUGUGGAUACAUAUAUAUGUAUAUUUUUAUACAUAUAGACACAUAUACAUAUAUUUCCUGCAAGACAAUCAUACAAAAGAUCUAUAAAUAGAGGAAGGUGUGUGUAUGUGAGCUAUAGUCCUCAGAUAAUGGAAUCAUCUUGUAGCUUCCCUGGGGAUUAGAGCAGAGAAUUGCAAGCAGAAGAAAAACAUAAUGAAAAUAAAUAGUUCUGCUGCUGCCAGAAUAAUCUUCACAAGUAAUCCCCCUUCUUGAUAAGACUUUUCUGCCUGUCCCAGAAAGUGGGAUUUGACGAUGGGAACUAAAAGCACACAUGGUUAGAGUAGCCAAAGAGAGAGGAGAUGGAGACAGGGGAGAGAAAGUGUCUGUGGAUCCCAGGGAACUCUAAGCCCAUUCAGUAGGCCUGCUACCUACCCUCACCUCCACUUGCUGUGAGUGUAGCUAUAGUGCAGGGGCCUCUAGAGCUCUUGCUUCCUCUUCUCCAGCCCCUCCCCUCCAGUCAAAUGCAGGGCUUUGUACACGCUAAGCAAGCACUUCACCACUGAGCUGGAUCCUAGUUCACUGUCACCUUCCCACAGGACUUCUCAGGGCUGCCCUUCUCCUCAGAACACUGGGGGAUAAGGAAAUUACCUUCAGUGGCAGGGUGUAAAGAAAAUCCAUGAAUUUUAACAAACAGGCUCUGAAAAUUUGAUAGGACUGAGAAGCAGUGAAAAUUGUGGAUAAAUUUUUAAAAAUUGUGAUAAAACUUUCAAUAUGAGAGGAUCAAAAAAUCAAUUGUCUUUUUGUUAUCCAAUUAUAAUUCCACUAUUGGGAAAAUUUUUUUCCUUCAGAGUUUAUUUGAAGAUUUGGGAGAAACAUUCUUACUGUUAUAAACCUCAUUCAUUUUCUUCUGGUCAGUUGAAGAAUUGAUCUGUAACAAUUAACCUCGGCAGCCUGUUGUAACAGCAAAUACCAGAAUGCAAAGUAACACCUCAGAGCAUUUGAUUUUUCCUGUCUCCAAUAUUCCCACUUUGGAAAUAUUACUAUUUUUACUUCUCAAAACACUAGUAAUUUCAAGUUUUUUUGGUUUUUGUUUUUUAUUUUUGUUUUUUGUUUUUCAAGACAGGGA